GAAAAAUAGAAUAGUCGAGACCUAAUUGCCGACAAUGAGGACGAACCUGAGAGCUUUGGUCGCGAAGGCUUACCGCGUUCGUCAAGGGCGUACUUUCUCCUCCUCCUCAGCUCCCAAUCCUAUCGAUGACAAAGGAAAGGGAUCGAUCAUUAUCCCAGUCUGGGAAUCUCUUAAUCGUUAUGCCACCUGUUUUACUGCUGGAUAUUUGAUUCGAUUUGGUUUGGAAAUUUCGGCCUUACUUGAAGCCAAGCGAAAGUCGGAUGAGUUGGACGAAGAGUAUUGUAGAGAGUUAGAACUUUAUCAUGAUGAAAUGAGGCAGAACCGUAGUCCCCAUGGAUUCUCCGAGGAAUGAUAUGUAUCUUAUUUGCAAUGCCAGUGAACUGUGAAUUAUCUAUGGUUGUGUUUAGUUGUUGCUUUACUCGUCAGGCCCGGCCCUGCAAAACAAAAAAAAAACAAAGGCCGGAAGCUCCUCAGAAAAAAAAAGCUGCAGUGAGAGUUGAACUUGCUACCUAUGGGAACACCAAAUCACCAACUGCUACUUAACAUCUGAACUAUAAUAACUUUCUGAACUAUAAUAACUUUUGUAAAGAAUUGCCGAAAACUUUAUUUUAUUUUAAAGUCCGGAAACAGAUGCUUGUAAUGUUUUUGCCUAGGACCAUUUAGUGGUCUCAACGUUUCUUUUUUUGUUCACUCGAAC